AUGAAUAUAAUAAGUCAAAAGAGAACUGGUCGAAUACUUUGUAAUGGUGAUUUACGGCUUAUUGAAAUUCUACGAGUUAAUAUCUAUCAAUUAAGAAAUUUACCUAUACGAUUCACAUCAAAUAAUUCACAUUCAAUUAAUAUUAUCGCUAAAGUUGAUAAUCAAGAUAUUUAUCAAUCGACAUCAACUAGCACUUGCACAAUGUAA